GUUGAUUUGAUUUGACUCCUCCUAUCCAUCCUAUUCUUCUCUGUCAUCAUCUUCUACACGCAUUCCAAAGCUUCCUUUAAGCGUUCGUUCCAAAAAACUAAAAGAAAGGGGCCAACUUGUUGCUUCGAAAUCACUGCAAAUCUGCAUCUGCCAUUUCUCCUCAUCGACAAGAACAGCAGACAAGAGAAAGGGAAGGGUCGAUAGGGGAAUUCGUGUGGAGUGGGUGAAGGAAGGAUCUAAAGGGGGCCUGAAUUUCAAUUCAAAUCCCCUUCGACUUUCUUUCACCCGGAGAGAAAUUCCUCCUCCAUUGUUGUGUCUGUUUUCAGACGAAGAUAAGAAGACCUUUCCUUCAAUAUUUUCUCCUUUGCUCUGAUUUUGAUUUUAUUUUAUAUCUCCAGUCUGCAAAUGUUUGGUAGAUUAUCUGCAGUAAUAAAUAAACUGUUCAUUCAGACAGACAGAAGGAGAGUCUGAUUAGAUAGGGUAUUGCUCCUGCUUUUGCUUUUUUAGCCUUUCAAUUCAAUCAGAUGUGUGAUCAAUCAAUCGAGUUUCCAUUCUUUGCUGAAUAAUCAUAAUCCUGUUGUAAGACGUUCCGAACGAGGCCCACAAUUUGGGUUAGGUGGGCUUCGUUAGAAACGCCAUUACCCUUUCAAUUCUUGGUUGAUUCAUUCUUGUUAGCUUUUUUUCUUUUCGACUUAACCUUUAUAAUAUAUUCUUGAUUAUCCUAAAUACAUAUAUAUAUAUAUAUAUACACGUGUGUGCAGUGUAGUGUGUGUCGAAUUGAUAAUUGUAGACGAUCGGGGAGAGAGAGAGAGAGAGAGCGAGAUAGAUCUUUUCCAAUGUAUUUCUUGCUGAUCACUUGCUGCUUCUCUUUCCUCAUCUUCCACAAAUCUCUUCUUCCCUUCAAGUUCAAACCCUUGUGGUUUUGGAGAGAAAUAUGUUGUCUUUCGAUUACCCGAUCCCUUUUUAGAUCAUCCUCAUUCAUUUUUGAUCCCUGCUCCAGCAACAAGAAGAAGAGUAAUAUUAAUAGCAGCAGCUCCAAAGCGGAGAGCGACAUCAGAUCGAGGGAGAUGUCCUUCCUGGACUUACCCGACCUGGUACUGGAAUGCAUCCUGGAAAAGCUCCCUCCCGAGGGGCUCUACAAGAUGUCGAAUGUGUGCAGUACGUUGAGGGAGAGGUGUGUGAGCGAUCACUUGUGGGCGAGACAUCUCAACUCCAAAUGGGGCAGAAUUGUGGGCCCUGCUGCUGCUUAUAAACAAUGGCAGCUCCAUGUUGCUUCCAAAAAAGUGUUGUUUGAUCAACAAUGCAAUCCAAACGGCCUAAUUGGAUACCUCCUCACAACCCUCUUCUUUCCUCUUACAUCCAAUUCCAAUUCCAAUUCCAACUCCACUUCCAUGGAUUCUUCCAUCAUGUACUGCUACUUUGCUCUUCAGUCUGGAAAAUUGUGGUUCCCGGCGCAGGUCUAUAACCGCGAGAAUGGUCAUGUUGGAUUUAUGCUGUCGUGCUACGAUGCAGAGCUGAGCUACGAUCCGAAAACUGACACUUUCCAGGCUAGAUAUCCGCCGCACGGGAGGAGACCGUUCGCUGUGGAGACGGGCAUAACGUGGGACCGAGUGAGGGCUCCACCUGUCCAAACGUCGCCGCACCAACUUCAUCCCUCCGAUUGCCUAACCGCCUUGCGACCGGGCGAUCACGUCGAAAUCCAAUGGAGAAGAAACAAAGAGUUUCCAUAUGGUUGGUGGUAUGGUGUGGUAGGCCACUUGGAGACUUGUGAUGGCAACGCCACUUACUGCCGAUGUCAAGAUAGUGACACUCUGGUGCUGGAGUUCAACCAUUACGCCCGUGGUUCGCGGUGGAGAAGAACCAUCGUGAGCCGGAGGGACCAUAGGGAAGAGGGGAAUGCUGCCGAGGGAUUCUACGGGGGAGUCCGCAAACUCGCCAGCACCCAAGAGAUUUCCAUGUGGAGAAAGUUCUGGCCUUCACAAAUCCUUGAAUAGGUUCUACUCUACGAGUACCGUCUAUUCUUAUCCACCAUCGACAAUGCUGGCCGGAUGAGGUAGCUUAGAAUCACCCAUCGCACACAACACACAACAUAUCCAUAUAUAUCCGGCAUCGGAUCUGAAGCAGCCCAUAGAUAUAUAUAUAUAUAUAUAUAGGAUUUUGCAGGAUCUAUAUAUGAUUUAAAAUGUCGAUUGUAUUUAAGGGGUAAAUUUUUGAAUUUUUGGUGAAUUAUA